UGGUGGCCUGCCAGGGUCGUACAAAAGCAACCGCUUCGCAUAACUCUCUUUGGCGACUUGGCAUUAUCUCGAGAACCUUCGACAAUUUCGUCUCCCUCCGCAUAUAACAUCCAGCCUAUUCAUAAUGGAUCUGGCGAAAAGCGUUUCUCACGAGCAACCUUUCAAGUCUCAUCUCUCACCACAUCUGAAUCCUCGAAUCCCUCCCCUCGUAAGAAAACCAAGACGGACAUUGGCGAAAGAUGGGAGGCAGCAGUGAAAGCUAUGGAGGACGCGGAUGAACUCAAGCGUGAUGGCAUGCCCGAGAUGAUUUCUGCAUACACUGGCGAAACGUUUUCCUCAGAAGAAGAGGAGGUAGACGGCCUGCGUUCAAUCAAGAAGGCUAAGGCCACACCUCAUGUUGAGCUCGAGGCCCCCACAGAGCGCGCCUGGUCUCCUCCACCUCCGGACCCCAUGCUCCAAAUACCAGGCGAACUUGUUCUGGCACAGGCACUACGAUCAAGAAGUAACAAGUACUGGCCCGCGCAGCUUAUGGCAUAUGUUCCGCCAACCAAGCCAGGCGGGAAGGAGCGCUAUCGGGCCAAGUUUCUGGACGAAGAGGAGUACAACCUCACCCGAGAUAAAUUCUGGACCUCUGAGGAAGAAGGCUUUGUUAUGUGUGACAUGGGCGAGUUCGAAAGCGCCGUCCAGGACAAUGAGGCACCGGACUCGGAAGAUGAACCGGAAGACAGGAAGCUGAGCCCCAGCCCACAGUUGACUGAUCCACCUCCUGGUGCAGAUGCUUUCGCUGACUUGUCGAUACAUGCACAACUGGCAUACGUGAAGCCUGUGCUGAAUGCUAUCAUACAAGGGAAGUACACCCCGGCAAUCAAGAGCCACGAGGCUUUCAUGCGGGGGGGUGCGGCUAGAUCCGCUUUAAUGAAGCGGGCGGCGAUUAGAGGAGGUUUGGACGCGAACGAGGUAAAGCAGUCACAAAGGCUGAUUGCACGGUGGGCACUUGGAGAAGGGUAUGCCCGUAGAGCCAAUGUAGCAAUUGAGUCUGAAGUAGAGGCGGCGCCACCCCCGGAGAAAGAUAGCGCGCCCUGCCCGACUGCUUUGGCAGGCAAUGGUGAUGGGUUGGCAGACGCUGGCGUCGGAAGCGAUAUUACUGCAACUUCCGGCAGCACGGCCCACGACAUAUCUCAGCCCAUACCUCCACCCCCCAGUGACAUUGUCAAUCAGGUCGAUGACACCGAUACAAUGCUAGUUGACAAGCCCGAUGCCGGAAUAGUAGACGAGACACCUGGCCCUAUGCCUGCACAGGAUCGACAGCGGCCAGUAGGCUCACAGGAAUACGAAUCAUUAUCGACCCUUGAUAAACUUGAUUAUUGCGUGAACAUUCUUCUCCCUGAGGCAAUCCAGCAGCUACUCCUAUGGCGAUCGGGUGCGCGCACUUCAGCUGCUCUCCUCUCUCACGCAGAGGAAGAAAGGCUGCAUGAGCACGGUGCAGCAAAGGCGCAGGAGACAGAUUGGGUAUUUGAUUUGCUCCGCCUGAGGGAGGCACAGGCACGGCUGUGGAGCGUGGAUCUGAAGUCCAAGGGUAAAGAGAAGGAUAAAGGCGGUGAGGUAAGGGGUGGGACACGAUCGCGGCCUCGCAAAGCUACUACACUGCGAUGAGGAACUUCAAGGAACAUCUUGGUUGGGCUCAUUUGGAACGUAUGGAUCUAGUUUCGACAUAGUAUUCGGUGUUGAUACAGGAGCUAUUUUUUUGAUUGAAGGACACCUUGGCUUUCCUGAGGUCAGCAUGUGCAUAUUAGUCAAGGCAGGAACU